AUGGGCCGACACCGGGACGGUUCUGUCUCCGAGAGAGACGAGCUGGAAGAAGAUCGUAAAUCCAGAAGCAGAGCUCGGGGAAUUGACGACGCAGAUUCUCCGGAUGACGAUGACCGGAAGAGCGAUGGCAAACACAGAAGGAAAAGGUUAGCAGAGGACUCCUCUGAUUCGGAUUCCGGAGAGGAAGACCGGAAGCGCAGCCGGAAACACAAGCGGAAGCGAGAGUCGCGAAAGCGACGCAGCGACGAUUCGGAUUCGGAGUAUUCCGAUAGCGAAGAGUCCGAGUCAUCCGAGUCGGGCGCGGAAGCGAGUGAAAGCGAGGAGGAAAGGAAGAGGAGGAAGCGGAGGGAGAAGAGGAAGAGGAAGGAGAGGGAAGAAGAGAAGGAAAGGAAGCGGAGAAGGAAGGAGAAAGAGAAGAAGAAAAGGAAAGAGAAGGAGAAGCGGAAGAUAGAGAGGAAGAAGGAGAAAUCAGAGAUUGGGAAGAGAGGUGCUGUUACUGAUUUGUGGGGGAAGUAUGGGAUCAUCAGAGAAACCGAUAUGUGGAACAAACGUCCUGAAUUCAGUGCUUGGUUAUCUGAAGUGAAACAGGUGAACCUUGAAACCCUGCCGAACUGGGAAGAAAAGCAGAUGUUCAAGCAAUUUAUGGAGGACCAUAAUACUGCUACCUUUCCUUCCAAGAAGUAUUAUAAUCUCGAUGCCUAUUACAAGCGUCAAAUGUUGAAGGAAUUGAAGAGUGGUAAAAAGGUCCAGGAAACUGAACGAACCAUAUUCAAUGAUGAAGAACUAAAACGGCAAGAGCAGAUGCGCGAGCGAGAAAAACAGAAGGAGAAAGAGGUGGAAGCGUUAAAGCGAUCCAUGCAAAGCGGAAUGGCGCAAGCAAUGAAAGAGCAAGCACUGCUCCGGGAAGAGAUGGCAUAUCUGUACAAGAUUGGCAACAACGAGGCUGCAGCAGCAAUUCAGCGGAAGUUGGAGCCAGAUCCCAUUUAA